UCUACCUUAUUUUCGUACAAUUUUUCAGGUUUCCGACAAAAUUGACAAGCUGGCAGCCCUUAAAACAGGGUUGAAAGGCGCGCGCCGGACCAGCUGUUGUGUCCAACCGGGAAAUGUUGUUAUUAAGUAAGCUCCUCCGCAUAUCUCAGAGAGGACAGGUAAAAACCCAGUGGUCCAAGGACCCGGCUGCUGCCCACCGCCAUCUCCCUCUAGCGACACCCGUUUCUCGUGCCAUUUGGGGCUAUGUGGCUAUCGCGUUCAACCAAGUAGAUGCGCAGAGACUGGAAAAGGUGGGUCCCAAUCGCCUGUGUGCAGAGUGGAUUAUAAAGAACGGAGGCGGUGUCCGCUUUGUCGGUCACCCAACCAGGCUAUGGAAGGACUAUAACUCCUUGCCACCAGAAAGCAAUCCGUUCUCCAUCAAGGUAGUGGACGCCAGCAGCGCCUCGAUCAUGAAAAUCGGACUGGAACACUUCAAGGGCUGCAAUGACAUUGAUACUGUCAUUUUUCACAACUGCAAGCAUCUGGAGAACGACGGACUGGAGGGCCUACUGCACAUCAGUUCGUCGCUUAAGAAGCUCCAGGUGUCUGGGUGCUAUAACAUAACCGACUCUGGUCUAGAAGUAAUCGGAGAGUUGAGUAAUCUGCAACAGCUCAUUAUUUUCGAUAUGCUCUAUGUGAAAAACAUGAAAGCAGUGGCCGCCAAAAUACAAAAGCAGCUUCCAAGCUGUAAUAUCAAGGCCACCCGGCUAAGCGUUUCGUUGAAGCCCAAGGAUAAGUCCUAACGUAAAGAUUUGUUUAGUUUCGGUGCCAACAAAUUUUUGUGGAUAAGAAAUGGACCACUGCCUGGUAGCAAACGGCAAGAUUUAUGUCUCAUACUUUCGAUUCUUCUAAUGAUCAAAUAAAUUAUUGCAAAACUGUCUAA